CAGUCUUCCCUGUGGGUUACUCAGUAAACUGGCUCCGCCCAGCUGCUGCUCUGCGAUACCGGCUAGAGCCAAGGCGGAAGUCGGUGAGGCUGCCUCUGCCCAAGGUGAAGAGCUCUUAAACUUGAUGUGAGGAUGGCAGCUCCUGAGUUUUCCGUCAGUGCCCUAGUGUUUACAUUGCUCAUUUGUUCUUCGGCUGGUUACCCCGAUGGGAAAGUAGCCAUGUCCUGUGGUGGGAUGACCCCCCAACAUGGCCACAGUCCACAGUCCAAGCCUGUUCACCAAAUCACCAUGAGUCAGAUGAAGUUCAAACCUGGAGAGCAGAUCCAAGUGACUUUAUCAGGGCCACAGUUUAGAGGCUUUCUCUUAGAAGCUCAUGAUGCCGAGGAUCUGAGUGGCCCUCCUGUUGGCUCCUUCACACUGAUUGACAGGGAAGCGUCGCAGCUUCUGACUUGUGAAGAUGUUCAGGGUUUUGCGGUGAGUCAUACGACUUCAUCCAAGAAGACUGAAAUUAAAGUCUACUGGAACGCUCCAAGCAGUGCCCCAAACCACAUACAGUUUCUAGCCACAGUUGUUGAGAAGUAUAAUAUCUACUGGGUGAAGAUUCCUAGUCAUGUAAUUUCACAACCAAAUGCUCCUCCUUUCACGACGCCCAAACCUACAGCACAACCUUUGACAACCUCACCUUCUGUCUCCCAGUUAACCAAGCCAUUUAGUGCUUCCGAGUGUGGGAACAAGAAGUUCUGUGUCAGGAGUCCUUUGAACUGUGACCCAGAGAGUGAGCCUGCCUGUGCCUUCUUGUCCUUCACCAGAGAUGACCAGUCGGUGAUGAUUGAGAUGAGUGGUCCCAGCGAAGGCUACCUGUCAUUUGCAUUUUCUCAUGACCAGUGGAUGGGUGACGACGAUGCUUACUUGUGCAUUCGUGAAGAUCAGACAGUGUAUAUACGGCCUUCCUAUCUGACAGGGCGAAGUUAUCCUGUGAUGGACUCCACCAGGGGGACUCUCAAGGACAUGGCCUGGAGGCUGGUGGAUGGCGUUAUACAGUGUUCUUUCAGAAGAAACAUCACCCUUCCUGGGGUCAAGAAGAGAUUUGUGUUAAAUGAAAGCUACUACAUCUUUCUAGCAGAAGGUCCUGCUCAUGACGGCCGAAUUUUUAGGCACCCUCAGCAACCCUUGAUAACGUAUGAAAAAUAUGAUGUGACAGGCACUCCAAAGAAUGUAGGAGGGUCCCACUCUUCACCCCUUUUAAAGGCUCAUGGUGCCUUAAUGUUUGUGGCAUGGAUGACCACAGUUAGCAUUGGAGUACUGGUUGCCCGGUUCUUCAGAUCUGUAUGGUCCAAAGCUUUCUUCCUUGGUGAAGCAGCUUGGUUUCAGGUGCAUCGGAUGCUCAUGCUUGCUACAUCUGUGCUCACCUGCAUUGCUUUUGUUAUGCCUUUUGUGUACAGAGGAGGCUGGAGUCGGCGUGCAGGCUACCACCCAUACCUCGGUUGUACAGUGCUGACUUUAGCUGUCCUUCAGCCUUUGUUGGCAACCUUCAGACCAUCUUUACAUGACCCAAGGAGGCAAGUGUUUAACUGGACUCACUGGAGUGUGGGGACAGCUGCUAGAAUAAUAGCAGUGGCUGCAGUGUUUUUAGGAAUGGAUUUACCAGGACUGAAUCUCCCCAGUCCACAGAAGACCUAUGUGAUGAUGGGGUUUGUGGUCUGGCACAUUGGGACAGAGGUGCUUCUGGAGAUACAUGCUUAUCGGCUCUCUCGAAAAGUUGAAAUAUUGGAUGAUGAUAGAAUUCAGAUCCUUCAGUCACUAACUGUCGCGGAAGCAGAGGGUCAUGUUUUUAAGAAGGCAGUGUUGGUGAUUUACAUAUGUGGAAAUGUGAUUUUCCUCAUGAUAUUCUUAUCUGCAAUCAACCAAGUAUGAGCCAGCAAAGACUUUUUUUUUUGUGGGCUUGGGUCUUUCAGAACGAGAAGGCCUGGAGCUUAUGCUGACUACCUGGAGCAUGUUUUAAUUUGAAGACUCAUGGGCAUGGCUAGAGAGGAAUUCUGAAGUCUGGUCUAUCCAGAUUAUAUUUAUAGCCUGUGCAUUGAUGUCAAUCAAGCCUUCAUGUGUUAGUCUUCAUCUUAAAAGGAACCGUGUACUCGAGAUGACAUGACUCUCAGCAUCCCAUGCCAGAUUUAAAACAGUAAACUAUAAUGAUUAGCAAAUGAAGUUAAUCUCAGGCAAAGGAUACAAGGAGAUUGCAUCUUUGGAAAUGGGAUAGAUUUUGUAUAGCCCAGGAUGGCUUCCAACUGGCUGUGUAACCAAGGAUAACCCUGAACCUAUCUUCCUGCCUCUGCUUCUGGGUGGUGGGAUCACAGGUGUGCACCACUGUAUCUGGUUUUAAGGGGACUAUAACUUUCAUGACAAUGCUGCUGUGGGUGCUGAAAAGAAAAUAUUUAUGUUGACUA